AAAUGGAAUAACAAACACAAGAAAAAAUAAGAAACAAAUUCAAUGAAAACAAUCUCCACUCACACAAACAACACUAUAUUAGUCACCACCACAUCAACCCACUCUCCCUCCGAGUCAACUCGGUUCUCCUUCUCACUCAUCUCCACCAAACCCUAAUACUUUCUCACUCCACCAUGGCUUCCCGGAGGCUAGCAACCUCCCUCCUCCGCCGCUCCCUCCACCGAUCCCCAUCCAGAUCUCCCUUCUCCACCUCCACCAGAUCCACACGCGCCCUAUCUCACUCCCCCGCCCCAUUUCUCAACCGUACAGUCAACUUCUCCACUUCCGCCACCGCCGCCGCAUCCAAACCGUCUCCGCCCACCGCCGGCGACGGAUCUGUUGGAAAGAUCACUGACGAGUUCACCGGCGCCGGUUCGAUUGGACAGGUGUGUCAGGUUAUUGGUGCGGUUGUUGAUGUUAGGUUUAGUGAGGGUUUGCCGCCGAUCCUUACGGCGCUUGAGGUUUUGGAUAACUCAAUUAGGUUAGUUUUGGAAGUGGCGCAACAUUUAGGGGAGAAUAUGGUUAGGACUAUUGCUAUGGAUGGUACUGAAGGUCUUGUUCGUGGUCAACGCGUUCUCAACACUGGUUCUCCGAUCACUGUACCUGUUGGUAGGGCAACUCUUGGCCGUAUCAUUAAUGUUAUUGGAGAGCCUAUUGAUCAUAGAGGCGAAAUUAAAACCGACCACUACUUGCCAAUCCAUAGAGAAGCCCCGGCUUUCGUUGAGCAAGCAACAGAACAACAAAUUCUUGUUACCGGAAUCAAGGUUGUUGAUCUUUUAGCUCCAUAUCAAAGGGGAGGAAAGAUCGGUUUGUUUGGUGGUGCCGGUGUAGGAAAAACCGUGCUUAUUAUGGAACUUAUCAACAACGUUGCUAAAGCUCAUGGUGGGUUCUCUGUCUUUGCUGGUGUUGGAGAACGUACCCGAGAGGGUAAUGAUCUGUACAGGGAAAUGAUGGAGAGUGGUGUCAUUAAGCUAGGUGAUAAGCAGAGCGAGAGCAAGUGUGCUCUUGUGUACGGUCAAAUGAACGAACCCCCAGGUGCCCGUGCUCGUGUCGGUCUUACCGGUUUGACUGUUGCUGAACACUUCAGAGACGCUGAAGGACAAGAUGUGCUUCUUUUCAUCGACAACAUUUUCCGUUUCACUCAGGCUAACUCUGAGGUGUCUGCUUUACUUGGUCGUAUUCCAUCUGCUGUCGGUUACCAACCAACUUUAGCUACGGAUCUUGGAGGUCUUCAAGAGCGUAUCACCACAACUAAAAAGGGUUCUAUUACAUCCGUUCAAGCUAUCUACGUGCCUGCUGACGAUUUAACGGAUCCCGCUCCCGCUACAACUUUUGCUCACUUGGAUGCCACAACUGUGCUUUCCCGACAGAUUUCUGAACUUGGUAUCUACCCUGCUGUGGACCCACUUGAUUCUACAUCCCGUAUGCUUUCACCACACAUUUUGGGAGAGGACCAUUACAAUACGGCUCGUGGUGUACAAAAGGUUCUUCAAAAUUACAAGAAUCUCCAAGAUAUUAUCGCUAUUCUUGGUAUGGAUGAGCUCAGUGAAGACGACAAGUUGACUGUUGCACGUGCCCGUAAAAUUCAAAGGUUUUUGAGUCAGCCGUUCCAUGUUGCUGAAGUUUUCACCGGUGCCCCUGGUAAAUAUGUGGAACUCAAAGAGAGCAUCGGCAGUUUCCAGGGAGUGUUGGACGGGAAGUACGAUGACUUACCGGAGCAAUCGUUUUACAUGGUUGGAGGAAUUGAUGAGGUUAUUGCAAAGGCUGAGAAGAUCGCCAAGGAAAAUGCUUAGAUGUUUAUUUACAUUCAUCGUCAAUUUUCACCACCUCUGAUAGUUGCGAAAAAAAAAUUGAAAUAAUUUUUACUGAUAUGGUGCUGAAUGCGCCGGGAGUUUAAUUUUAAAAAACUGAGAUUUUUUUUUGUGGAUCCUUGUUUUUUGAGUUUUAUUGCAAUGAAAUGGAGACGAGGUUGACCUCCCUGCAAAA